CUGUUUCUUAAGCAGAAGAGUAUAGCUUUUGCUAAGACCCCAAGACACACACACACACACAGAUGAAGAGUUGUGUGGCUUGGUACCCUUUUAUGCUUAUGCUGGCAAUUCAGCUUGCCUUUGCAGUCACAAAUGUUCUUCUCAAGAAACUCAUCAUUGAUGGGAUGAACCAUUUAGUUUUCAUCACUUAUCGGCAGACAAUUUCGACUAUAUUUUUAACCCCAAUUGCCUUCUUUGUCGAACGGAACACCAGACCAAAACUCACUCUGCGCAUUCUCUGCAACCUUUUCUUGUCCGCGAUUGUUGGGGCAUCGGUUACUCAAUACUUGUUCCUUGUUGGUGUAGAGUACACAUCUGCAACUUAUGCUUGUGCCUUUCUGAACAUUGUCCCUGUCAUCACAUUUCUAAUGGCAUUGCCAUUCGGGUUGGAGAAAAUAAGCAUCAGAAGCAGGAGUGGAAGGGCAAAAGUGAUUGGGAUAGUGACAUGCCUUGGAGGUGCCCUUCUACUGACAUUCUACAAAGGCAUGCCUGUGGUUAAAUUCCAUCCCUCUGAACCCACCUUAAGUCGUUCUGCUGGGAAAACCGUUAGGCCCCGAGGAGAAAGAUGGGUAUUCGGUUCGCUGGCAAUGUUCGCCGGGACAAUAUUUUGGUCUUCUUGGUUCCUUGUUCAAUCCAACAUUUCCAAAAGUUACCCUUGCCAGUACUCCAGCACUGUCAUCAUGAACUUCUUUAGUGCCAUUCAGUCUGCUGUCCUUACUUUGUGCACUGACAGAAGCCUUUCCAUUUGGAUCCCAAAGAAAAAGAUUGACAUGGUCAAUGUGACAUACACUGGGUUGGUGAGUUCGGGUUUGUGUUUCGUGGGAAUGUCAUGGUGUGUGAAGAAGCGGGGCCCGGUUUUCACGGCGGCGUUCAGCCCUCUGGUGCAGGUGAUGGCUGCCAUGGUAGACAUCCCCGUUCUCCACGAGCAACUCCAUCUCGGGAGUAUAAUAGGGUCAGUCAUUGUAAUGACUGGGCUCUACUUUCUGCUGUGGGGAAAGAACAAAGACAUGCAGAAAGUAACACAAGAAAGGGAGGAGGAGGAAGAGGAGGAGGAUGCAAAGGACAUGGAAUCAGCUGUUGUUGAAGGCAAUGGUGAAUCAAGAAUGCCAUAAUAUUUUGAUGGUUUUUCUAUUGUCCCUUAUUAUUAUUUGACAUAAUAUUUUCAUUUUGUACCAGUAUCUUUGAUCUUUUUUUUUCUAAAUCACCAAAAAAGUAUACUUCGUUCGUUCCGAAGUAGUUUCUCCAGUUUGAAUUUUCUUGUCAAACUGUCUAAAUUUUGGCCAUAGAUAACAUAAAAAAAUAUAUUGAGUUAUAUUGU